GAGACAGGCGAGGGGUGAUGAGGCUUUGAGUUACGGCGGAGCGAUAUCGGUGACAAAGAGAUGCAGUUAUUGUUGGGAGUCCGUGGCAGCGUUGGAAAAUGGCCGUGUUGUAGUUGACAGAAGCAUUUAAUGCGAAUGAUUUGCAUUCCGUGGCAUAAAGGUUAAGACACCUAUCCCGCUGCUUUACCGCUGUCUUCGGAACUAAACCAGGACAAACAUGGAAAGGAAAAGGUGGGAGUGCUCGGCUCUCCCAAAGGGCUGGCAAAGGGAAGAAGUGACCAGAAAGUCGGGUUUGUCUGCGGGGAAAAGCGAUGUCUAUUACAUUAGCAGAGGUGAGGAAGACGAGGAGGAACAGAGGCGAGAAAGGGGGGAGGCGGGUCGAUUGUAUAGUUUGUGUCCAACUGGGAAGAAGUUCCGGAGCAAGCCGCAGCUGGCCCGCUACCUGGGGAACUCCAUGGACCUCAGCACCUUUGACUUCCGCACGGGCAAGAUGCUCAUCAGCAAGCUCAACAAGAACCGCCAGAGACUCCGAUACGACAACAACAACCAGACAAAGGGCAAGCCUGAUCUCAACACAUCACUGCCAGUGAGACAGACCGCCUCCAUCUUCAAGCAGCCUGUAACCAAGGUCACCAACCACCCCAGUAAUAAGGUCAAGACAGACCCACAGAAGGCCAUCGACCAACCCAGACAGCUUUUCUGGGAGAAGAAGCUGAGCGGCCUGAAUGCUUUCGACAUCGCAGAGGAGCUGGUGAAGACCAUGGAGCUUCCUAAAGGUCUGCAAGGCGUGGGGCCCGGGUGCACAGAUAAGACCCUGCUGUCGGCCAUCGCCAGCGCACUGCACACCAGCACGGCCCCCAUCACUGGCCAACUGUCCGCCGCCGUGGAGAAGAACCCUGGCGUCUGGCUCAACACCUCACAGCCCCUCUGCAAAGCCUUCAUCGUCACCGACGAGGACAUCAGGAAGCAGGAGGAGCUGGUGUACAGCGUGCGGAAGCGUCUGGAGGAGGCGCUGAUGGCCGACAUGCUGGCCCACGUGGAGGAGGCGGCCAACGAAGGAGAAGCACUCAAGGAGGACGCCAACGCAGACGAUGACACAGAGGCCGUAUAGCACAGGAAUGCAUGUACAGUUUUAUUCGUGGGGUCCCGCAUUCAUUCAGUGGACCAUAAUCAGAUUCCCACCUCCUCCACCUCCAACUCUCUAACCAACCCAGCCAUCACCUCAACCUUCUACAGCCCUCAAGAAGACAAGACAAGGCAAGGCAAGACGAGAGAAGAGAAGAGAAGAGAAGAGAAGAGAAGAGAAGAUAGGAGAGGAAAGAAGAGAUUAAAACGCUCCUGUCACAUGAGUGGAUGGACGAGAAAUAACUCCAUGAAUGGCAGCUUACUCUCCUCUGAAUCACGGAUCAUUUUCUUUUCAAUUUUUUACCCUGAACAAAAACAAAACUCUUAAAACUUUUCAAAAAUGGCUUAGAAGACCAAAACGACACUAAAAAAACAAAUGACAUCACACACAGUAUUUUGAAGUCAGGAUUCCUGAACGGGGAGUCCUGUUACCAGACAUUAGUGUUGUGACAAUCACGUCAAAACCAUAUUGCGUGUUAAUAAAAGAAAAAUUGGCCAGAGAAAUCUAGCAAGUCGUGUUUUCUCGAUGAGUAAAUGCACAAAAGUGUUGUUUUGGUAAUCUGUGUUCCGGGGCUGGGGUGGGAUGGGUUUUGUGCUAAUGUUGUUGGGGGUGACCUGAAUUGUUUUUCUGGUGCUAAUUCUCUAAGCACUACGUGUGACUUGAGAGGGAACAAGAUUGUAAGAUACCUGCACUCUAAAUUCCAUUCGUUUGUUAUACUUUGGAAAAAGACGAGAUUGUUUGAUCUGUGACUUUUAAACGUGUGAUUGAUUUAUGUUUUGUCGUUUGUUUUUCUGUCUGUUUUUCUUUUUUUUGUCUUUUAGAAACAUUGUGGGUGUUUUUGUAAUGUGAAAAUCAUUCAUCUUUUCUCCCGUGGAUGAUCAAAGGGGCCAAGCAUUUUUUUAAUGGAAGUUGUCAACAUGUAUUCUACACAGCCCCUAAGGUCAAGUGAACUUUGAUCCCUCAGUUUGACAGUAGCUUUGGUCAGCGGAUAGGUGACACUGCUGCCACACAGUUUUAUUUUCUCCAACUUCUAAACAGCUCCUUUUGUUGAAGUACUGUUACAAUUUCAGAUGUUCCUGAAGUAAGCUCAAAAGCUCAACUUCUGUGGUUUUUUCCUACCCUUUCUGAUAAUGUAAGUUAAUCUUGACAGUAAGACAGUUUAUUUUGUUUUUCUUUUAUGGAGAACUAUUUCAGAUGUCAAUGGUGCUGCCUCCACCCCCACCUCUCCGCUCUUCACUAAGCUAUAUUUGGUUAAAAAUAAGACAAACAUGCGAGUGGUGGUUACACGCGUGGAUGAAGAUGUUUGUAACAUCUGGGAGAUGCUCUCAGCCUCGCUCUUUUAGAUCACGUUAUGACUUCUUACAGUUUAGGAAGGGUAUUGUUUUACUUUGUCAGACUGACUGUUGCUUUGAAUACAUGGUUUACAGAUUAAAAUUCAUCUGUAUGUGA